UGUACUCAUGACUCAUGAGUAAGAAGUAAGCAAAAACUUGGAGUGGAGUAAAACAAAAAUGUCAACGUUAGCGAUUCCAAAGACCGAGUCGGCUCACCAUCGUCUCUACGAGUUUGCAAAAUUAGGUCUUAUCAAAAUCUUUCUCCAUCCUUAUGUCACUGUAUGUGAUUUAUACUGCGGAGGAUUAGUGGAUGCUGAAAAAUGGGAUUCUGCUCAAUUUAGUCAUUACAUUGGAAUCGAUGUGUCAUCAUCUGCUGUAAAUGAGCUUAAAGAAGCAUGGGAGAGUCAGAGGAAGAAUUAUACUGCUGAUUUCUUUGAGGCUGAUCCUUGCUCUGAAACUUUCGAAACGCAGCUGCAGGAGAAGGCCAGCCAGGCUGACCUAGUCUGUUGCUUACAGAAUUUGCAGUUGUGUUUCGAAACUGAGGAAAGUGCAAGGAAACUUCUACACAAUGUUUCGUCUUUGCUUAAACCGGGGGGUUAUUUUUUGGGUAUUACUCCUGACUCAUCUAUGAUAUGGGCUAAAUACCAGAAGAAUGUUGAAGCAUACCACAAUAGAAGCAGCAGCAUGAAGCCAAAUAUAGUUCCCAAUUGCAUCCGGUCGGAGAGUUACAUGAUUACCUUUGAAGUUGAGGAGGAAAAGUUUCCGUUAUUUGGGAAGAAAUUUCAGUUGAAGUUUGCUCAUGAAGCAUCUGCUGAAACUCAUUGCUUGGUUCAUUUUCCAAGUUUGAUCAGAUUGGCUCGAGAAGCUGGUUUGGAAUAUGUAGAAAUUCAGAAUCUGACAGAGUUCUAUGAUGACAACAGAUUGCAUUUUGCAGGCAUGCUGAUGAAUGCGGGUCCGAACCUAGUUGAUUCUAGAGGGAGACUUCUUGCUCGAUCGUUCGAUGUUUUAGGUCUAUAUACUACUUUCAUAUUUCAGAAGCCAGACCCUGAUGUUGUUCCGCCUCUAACAACACCAUUGUUGCAGGAUGAUGCUUACGAUCAUGAUGAGAGAGAAUGGCAACCACCGGGAUGGAGAGACGAGGAAAAUACUCUAGAGCCACCCCCUCCUGGACUGGGGAAGAUAAUGGAAGCAAAGGCAAUACCGCCACCUAUUGUACUGGGGAAGAUAAUGGAACCAAAGGCGAUACCGCCAUCUAUUGGAUUGGGCAAGAUAAGUGAGCAGAAGGGAAUUCUCGGUCCCGGUCCAGCAGAUUUACGUUUCACAGAGGCUCUUUGACGUAAUUGAUUAUCACAAUCAAGCAAGAGAAGCGAUAUGUAGACAAUGGAAGGAUAUUGAAGGCAUUCUGGGGAAUCAUAUAGCAGCAAAUCGGUAGGUUGAUAUCAUGUAUUGAUUUCCCUUUAUAUGGUUAUGACAAAAUUAACAAAUCUGUAGGAUAGUGUUAUCUAUAUAUAAUACAUUGUAAGAUCAAAUUAGAUGAAUGCAUAUUAAUGUUCAGUUUCUUGAAUAUCCUAUAUUUUAUUUCUUUAUAUGAUUGCAGAUUUCGCAA